UAUAACUAUAACUUUUCAGAUCGAUAUAAAUCUGUGAAGGCUCUUGCUGUCUAGCAAUCCACUCACAGCCUCAGGUUACAUGCAAGACUAUAUACGAGGUGUGAAACCAGAAGCAUUCUUCUAGGACAAUGCCAGCUGUAUCCCGAACCGGGAGGAAGAAGCGCUGGCAUCAUAAAGACUUCAACGGCUGCAUAAAGUGCAAACAGCGGCGGGUCAAGUGUGGGUCAGAGAAGCCUGCCUGUCUACGAUGCCAGAAAUUGGGAGUUGUUUGUCCUGGAUACCAGCCACCAAAAGCCCGGAUUUUUGAGCUCAGACGCCAGCGCGAUUUCCACUCCGACGAGGACAGGACCAAUUACGACUUCUUUCUGAGAUCCGGAUCAAAGAUUGUGGCUCUCUCUCAAGCAACAUCUGAACCCUUCUGGUCAAGGCUUGUCCUCCAACUGGCCGAGAGUAAUGGAAUCAUCAAGCACGGACUGAUCGCUUUGGGUGCUCUGUUGCGCCCUCUACAUGCAAACCCUUCAUCUCAGAAGUAUGGGGCUCUUUGCACACCGCAUGCUACUACGAAGCACUCCGCAGCCGCAAUGCAUAAGAUGAAGUCGGCGGCCCUGGGAGCUGUGUCGCCAGAAGUGGCUGUAGCAUGCUGCCUUGUUUCCGCCGAGCUUGACAGGUGGCUGGAGAAAGAGACAUCUCCUGUCCUUCAGAUCCUGUCGGCAUACCGCCUCCUGCAAGAGAGACGAAGGUCAAACACAGCAGGGUCAAACACCACUCAAGACGAAUGUCAACAACUGUUCGAGCCUAUGGUCGAUGAGUUAAUCGUCGAUACGUGCAGUUGCGCAGACAAUUUUCCAACCCUGACUUCUGGGCUCAUGUCCAACUAUCAGCUGGCCAGCGGCCUCGACCGAGCCAAGUCCAUCACCACUUACAUGGAUGCCCUCCAUGGUGUUGCGUCGCUGCUGAAAGCGGUUUUCCGCUCGACCUGCCCAUAUAUCGUUGCCACCACUGCUGAGAUGGACGACAUCUCCUUUGCACUGGACACAGUCGGUCACAAACUGCAGCAUUUCCACGGUGACGGUGAGCUGCCGGUGGAGUACCAACUCCUCCAGGUCCACCACCGAGUUGCCCGCAUCAUGUUCUACACGUUGGGCCGGAACAAUGAAUUCAUGUACGACGCUUUCCAUUACGACUUUUGCUUUAUCGUUGAACAGCUGGAGCAAAUCAUCACUGCUUCGGAACGCGCAGGAGAACCAACGACGACGGGACAAUCCGUCAUCACACCAACGUUGGGCCUGAUCCCGCCUCUAUUUUUGGUGGCGACCAAGUGUCGCGACACCCCAAUCCGGCAACAAGCAUCGCAACUGCUCCAUGGCAUGUUGCGGAGCGAGAGGGGCUGGACGAGCUGCAUGGCGGCCACAAUCAGCCAAUUUGUGAUUCAAGAAGAGCUCCGGCCCGGCACGACACCCCUGAACCCUGACGGUCUCUGUGAAAGACCACUUCCAAGGCAACCUCGACGGCGCAUCAAACUUGACGAAGUGGAAUUCUCCAGUCGGGAGGACAAGAUAUACCUGGCGUACACCGCUUACUCCAAGGUCGACGACUCCCCGGGGUCCAAACGCAUCGCGAGCAUCCCGUAUUGCUCUCAUCCGUCAGUCGAGAAGAACAACACGACGUGUCAGAUGUCAAGAAAAGUCCUGCGCCACUGCGGAUACACGGGCGUGAUUCUGUUCUCGCCCCAGAUUGAGUGUCAUUGCGUCCGAGGCGAUACCGUCAGUGCCAAACAGAUUGGAAAUAAGUUUCCAAAGGUCGGCAUCUCUGCCUAAAACCGUUUGGGACGGGACUCUGAUGGCCUCGAGGGUGGAUAGAGUGCUCUCUGCUAGCACAAUGCAGUGUGCUGUCUUUGCUCCGUCGAGACGUGGGUGGAGUCGUGGUGCACCCGGGCAAAGCAGACUCUAUCCACAGUACAUCGGUAUAUGAGACGGAAGUUGUUUGGAAGCCUAAACAAGCUAAGCGGAAUUUGCUGCUUGAUUCAGUGCCAGGGAUUGAUAACAUUUCUGGAAUGAGUUUUUGGGGUAUUAAAUUGUCAUAAGUAGCUAAUGUCCCGAGUUGGCUAUCAAGUCUGCCAUCCAAUUUGCGUUGUAGCGGAGCGAUUUAAAUAGCAGCCAGACAUGCAACGUUAAGCCCCAAGCAUUACGGAGUACACGAUCAUGGUCGCCUUCGACCGCAGGUACAUAACAAUGGUCCAGU